GCCAGACGACAUUCAAAGUCGUUAUUCAAACUUCAACACUCAUAAUCCAAUUUUUCCUUACAUUUUUUAAUUCUACACUACGCCAUACAAAACUCAUAAUCCAAGACCCAAAUCACUCACAUUUAUUUCCUUCUUUUUUCUCCUUUAUUUUUCCUCUCCUCAUUCCCCUAUACGAAUUGUUCCUCAUUUUCCUAUUUCAUUUCUUGAGUUCUAACCCAACUCAUUUUUCUGGAUUCCUGAGGAUUUUUCAUUCAGAUAAAAAAACUAUUUUAAAGAAAUUUUUAGCAGUAUUAGUGAUGACAAAAUUCAUUCUUUUUAUUUUGUUGUUUAUAUUCUUGUUUUCCUCUGGUUUUGUUGCCUGUGGAGGAUUUUACAGUUUCCAAAAGCUGAAUUCUAGUGUUUCAGGUAUUGAAUUCCCUAACCAUCCAAGCUUUAAUGCUGUUUCUUCUUCAGCUGACUCAGAUUGCAAUUAUGGAGUUUCUCAAAAAUCAACCACUCAUUCAAUAGAUGGAGAAGAUGAAGAAGUUUCCAUUUUUGGAAACCCAAAAAAAGAAGCUGUAAAGUUUCAGUUAAGGCACAGAUCAGCUGGUAAAAAAACUGAGGCUAAAGAUUCAGUCUUUGAGUCAAGAGCAAGGGAUUUAAGCAGAAUUCAAACAUUGCAUACAAGAAUUGUAGAGAAGAAAAAUCAGAAUUACAAUUCGAGACUUGCAAAAAAUGAUAAAAAACAUAAGCCUGUGAUUGCUCCGGCAGCAGCCUCGCCGGAAUCUUAUGAACUUUCCGGCAAACUAAUGGCAACUUUGGAGUCAGGUGUAAGCCUUGGCUCUGGAGAGUAUUUUAUGGAUGUCUUUGUUGGUACACCACCUAAGCAUUUUUCUUUAAUUCUUGAUACUGGUAGUGAUCUUAAUUGGAUUCAAUGUGUUCCUUGCUUUGAUUGUUUUGAACAAAAUGGACCCCAUUAUAAUCCUAAAGACUCUACUUCCUUUAGAAAUAUAAGUUGUCAUGAUCCUAGGUGUAAAUUUGUUACAUCCCCUGAUCCUCCUCAGCUUUGUAAAUCUGAGAAUCAAACUUGUCCUUAUUACUAUUGGUAUGGUGAUAGUUCUAAUACUACUGGCGAUUUCGCGCUUGAAACGUUUACUGUUAACCUCACGACGAUGAGUGGGAGUGAAUUUAGGGAAGUGGAAAAUGUGAUGUUUGGUUGUGGUCAUUGGAAUAGAGGAUUAUUUCAUGGUGCUGCUGGUUUGUUAGGAUUAGGGAGAGGGCCGCUUUCGUUUGCUUCUCAGCUUCAAUCUUUAUAUGGUCAUUCGUUUUCGUAUUGUCUUGUUGAUAGGAAUAGUAAUUCUAGUGUUAGUAGUAAACUGAUUUUUGGUGAAGAUAAGGAUGUUUUGAAACAUCCACAGUUGAAUUUUACUUCAUUAGUUGGAGGCAAAGAAGUGGAAACUUUCUACUAUGUGCAGAUAAAAUCUGUCAUAGUUGGAGGAGAGGUGCUGAAUAUACCCGAGGAGACGUGGAAUUUGUCUCCAGAAGGUCUUGGUGGUGCAAUCAUUGAUUCAGGUACCACAUUGAGUUAUUUCGCGGAUCCUGCUCAUGAGAUUAUAAAAGAGGCAUUUGUCAAUAAGGUUAAGGGCUAUCCUGUUGUACAAGACUUUCCUAUUCUGAAUCCAUGCUACAAUGUGUCUGGUGUGAAGAACAUGGAAUUUCCCUCGUUUGGAAUCGUGUUUGGUGAUGGAGCUGUCUGGAAUUUUCCAGUAGAAAACUACUUCAUCAAACUCGAACCAGAAGAUAUCGUUUGUUUGGCUGUUUUAGGGACUCCUCAAUCUGCUUUGUCGAUAAUUGGAAACUAUCAACAGCAGAAUUUUCACAUCUUGUAUGACACCAAGAGGUCCAGACUGGGAUAUGCACCAACAAAAUGUGCUGAUUCUUGAAAUUUUAUGUACAGUAUUCUUGGGGUGGAAGUUGGGAAAAUUGUGUUCAUUAUUUCCUGAACUUAUAACAGUUCAUAUACAUUGUAGGUUAUACAUUAAUUUUUUCCCCUUAGUUGUUUUUUAACUGUAGAUGAUUUUAUGUUGCUUGACAGAAACUGUCAACUAUGUAAGAAAAUUGUAAUAGGAGGUUUUCUCACAUUAUGAAAGUAUGAAUCAUUGCUUUUUA